AUAAUUCAAGACCACCCCUUCGUCGACAGCACCACCGGCGCCGUCUCACCCCUUACCUCCUUUCCCGGACCUACCCUUCAGCCAACCUCCUCAAACUUGCCCCGCCCACAAGCUCCAUCGCAUCUUCCGCCUAUACUCUCCCAUUCUCCCCACCUCCACCACCACCGUCGUCCGCCACCCGAUUCCUUCUCUGGUCUCCAAGCAAGAAGUCUCCAUCGAUCGUCUCGCCCUCGCGCUCUUCUACGACGUCGAGACCUUUCGCCGUUCAGAAUUCAUCCCGCCGGAAGGAAAAAAUUCUCUUGGAGUCCGAAUAUUUCCUAUCCCUGUUUUCCUUGCUUUCGAAGCCUCCUCUUUUAUGUUUCUUCUCGCCUGCUGCAUCUCUUCCUUCUUCAGCAAGCAUCGGGCAACCUGUUUUUCCUUUCCUUUUGUUGGACGUCUUCGUGAACAAAGAAAAAUGGAGGUCUAGAGCCUCCCUAGAAGGCUGCCCUCCAUGAAGAUCCAACCGGUGGAGGAUUCUGGCGACCAGAAACUGAUCAAGGCCAAUGACCUCCUGGCUAUGCCCGCGGCGAAGUCUCGGUUGAAGCGCAUGCUCGAGCGUCAAUUUCCGAGCAUCUUGAGGACUUCAUCGUCGAAAAGAGCCGAGGAGCCCCACGGCGUCACGGAGAUCGAGCCCAGCUCCGUCUGCCUCGCCAAGAUGGUCCAGAAUUUCUUGGAAGAAACCGAUAAGCAAGUGAAGUGCGGACGCUCCCGCUGCAACUGCUUCAAUAGCAGCGAUAGCUCCGAUGACGAUCAUGAUUCCGGCGAGUCGCGACUCUUCUCCGGCGAUGCCACCGAGAUUCUCAAGAGUCUGGUAUCGUGUGCGAGCGUACCUGAGAGAAACCUUCUAGCUGAUACGGCGAGGUUGGUGGAGGUGAGGAGCAAGAGUUGCAGACAGAAUGUCUCCUUGAAGGCAUCCGUCGCGGAGGGUCUCCUUGCUCUGGGCUACGACGCCUCCAUCUGUAAAUCCAAAUGGGACCAAACUCCCUCCCACCCCGCCGGGGAGCAUGAAUAUAUCGACGUCAUCGUGGCCACGGCGGGAGAGGCGCCGGAGAGACUGAUCGUCGACGUCGAUUUCAAGUCAGAGUUCGAGAUAGCGCGGUCCACCAGUCACUACCGGGCGGUGCUCCACUCCCUGCCGUCCACCUUCGUCGGCAAACUGGACCGCCUCCAGCAGAUAGUCACAAUCGUAUCGGAGGCCGCGAGGCAGUCGCUGAAGCGGAAGGGGCUGCAUUUCCCGCCCUGGCGGUCGCCGGAGUACGUGCGCGCCAAAUGGCUCUCCCCCUACGAGAGGACAAAGCCGGCCGUCGAGGAGAAGAAGGCCGCCGGCCCCAACCCCACGCCCCACCUCUCCUUCAUCGCCGUGAAGCCAUCGGGCUUCCCCACCGCUGCCUUUUCCGGCGACUUCCAGUUGCGUCCGGUGGGCAACCGCUGCGAGCAUAAGGACCCCAAUGCCCGUGGCUGUGGUCAAAUAAGGGUGGUGGUGACGGAAUGGACACCGCCGCCGCUCGAAAGUAAGGGCACCCAAAAGGAAGGCAAGAUCGUCGCCGGACUAGCCUCCGUCCUGCGAGAGAAACCCCAAUAAAAAAAAUUAAAAGAAAAAGAAAAACAAAAAACCAGAGCCAAGUCGCCAUCAUCUGUAGUUUCCUUCUUCCUCAUAAUUUUCUUUUUCUUACCAUCUUUUACUUUUUCUUCUCUUCGCCAUCCCCAUUUUUUAAAAGGGCGAUGUGAUGUAUUCUGAUGCAGAUAUACCAAAAGCAGAAAGAAAAAAAAAGUAAAAAAAAAAACUCAAAAAUGGAGACAAUAAUAAUUGCUACUUGAAUUAGACGCAGUAAUUUCCUGUAUCUUGCAGGGAUAGGAAAGAGCUGUGUACUAAGAGUUUUUAUUUUUUAAUAAAUUAAUCUCUUUUUAAUA